AUGAGUUCAAGAUUGACUGGGAAGGUGAAAUGGUUCAACGAUCAGAAGGGGUUUGGUUUCAUUACCCCUGAUGAUGGUAGCGAGGAACUUUUCGUUCAUCAAUCUCAGAUUCGAUCUGAUGGUUUUCGUUCCCUUGCUGAAGGAGAGUCCGUUGAGUUCGAAAUUGCUUCUGACAACGAUGGACGAUCCAAGGCUGUUGAAGUGACUGGCCCUGAUGGUGCUAAUGUCCAGGGAACAAGAGGCGGCGGCGGUGGCGGUCGUGGUGGCUACGGAGGUGGCGGUGGCGGUUAUGGUGGUGGUGGCUACAGCGGUGGCGGCGGAGGAGGUUAUGGUGGUAGCAGGAGCGGUGGAUACGGUAGCGGUGGGGGUGGUUAUGGUGGCGGUGGCGGAUAUGGUGGUGGACGUGGAGGUGGACGUGGUGGAGGCGGCGGUGGGGCCUGUUAUAACUGUGGUGAAUCUGGUCACAUGGCGAGGGAUUGUAGCCAGGGUGGAAGUGGUGGUGGAGGUGGUGGAAGGUACAGCGGCGGCGGUGGAGGCGGUGGCGCUGGCGGUGGAAGCUGCUACAGCUGUGGAGAAUCUGGUCAUUUUGCCAGAGAUUGCCCAACCAGUGCCCGUUAG